CAAAACCCCAGUAGUACUUCCCCCAAACCCCCGCCCCUGAAUCCCGUUCCGAUCCCCAAUGGCCGCCGCCGCAUCCGGCAGCACGCCGCCGCCGAGGCGGCGCGGCCGCCCCCGCGGGAGCAAGAGCAAGAGCGGGCGCGGGCGCGGGCGCUCGCGGAGCCUGAGGUGGAGCAAGCCCACGAAGACGCACCGGCGGUCGCGGUCGCCACGCGGACGCGGGUCGCCCGACGGGGCCCAUUCCGCGCGCCACGCGGUGGACCAUCCGGUGCCGCUGCCUCCCGGCACCGCGGUCGAGGUCCGCGUCGACGACGACGGCUUCCACGGGUCCUGGUUCGAGGCCACCGUCCUCGACUUCGCGCCCGCGCGCGGGUACCGCAGCCCCGCGCGCUACACCGUCAGCUACGUGCACCUCCUCGCCGACGACGACGAAGGCGUGCUGGCCGAGCCCUUCGCGCCGUCCCACAUCCGCCCGCGCCCGCCGCCGACCGACCCGCCGCGAUUCCAGACCCACGACAUCGUCGAGGCGUUCCACAACGAGGGGUGGUGGUCGGGCAUCGUCGUGUCCGCCCCCGACUCCGACUCCGCCGCCGCCGGGGUCACCGUCGCGUUCCCCAUCACCCGCGAGGUCAUCGAGUUCGCGCCCGGCCUCGUCCGCCCCCGCCGCGACUACGUCGACGGGGACUGGAUUCCUUCUACGGUCGCGAUGGUUGUACGCCCCAAGCGCGCGGUCAAGGUCUACGAGGUCGGGGACAAGGUGGAGGUGGUGAGGCAUCGGAAGGCGUACGGCGAGUCGUGGUUCCCCGCCACGGUGAGGGUCGUCGUCGACGACCUCAGCUACGUCGUCGAGUACUUCGAUCUGGAGGAGGAGGGGGAAGGCGGGCCGGAGAAGGCUACCGAGUACCUGCAUUGGCGUUUCAUCAGGCCGGCUGUCGAGCAUUCGCCAAGGGAGAGCGAGUUCCAGCUCCGGCCCGGCGCUGCCGUGGAGGCCUACUGUGAUGGGGCAUGGUCACCGGGAGUGGUGCGCCGGGUCCUUGGGGAGGGUGAGUAUGAGAUCGGUAUUGUUGUUGCUAAGAAGUCGGAAAUGCUGGUGACCAAGGUGGUGCCAUUGCUCAAGCCGCAGUAUAAGUGGAAUGGCAAGCAAUGGAGGAUUGCGACCCCUAAGAGGCAGGCUAACUCGAGGCGGCGGUCUGUUUCUGGUAAAAGUCCAAGGUCACCAGUUGAGGUGUCAUCCGGUAAUGAAGAACACAGUCUAGAAAAGAACACAUUAACUGAAGGUUCUGAACAUGCUUCAGUCUCUGAGAUGGACAUUCCUUUGUCUGCUCUGUGCAAGUCACCAGAAAGCACUCAUUCACCGAAUUCUUUUGUCUCUGAAAAGAACAGUCCUCGAGGUUCACAUGGGAUAUUUAAUUCGGUACCAAUGAAUGGACUCCUUUGUGCUUCUCCAGGACAUUCAGCACCAGUGGACAAUCAAGAUAUCCUGUCUGAUAUGGUUGUUACUGAUGGUGAGCUUAAUGGACCUGCCUCUGGAAGAAGUGCUGAUGGCCAUGAUACGCUUUCCAUUACUGAACUAAGAAAGAAAAUGGCUUUAGCGCGCAGAAAUAGUGCUGUCAACCGCAAACAGGAGAACCUUGUCAAAUCACUUAGGCUGAAGAAAUGUAUAUCGAGCAUUAAAGCUGUGAAAACACACCCUAUUGAAGAACUUCAGGGAAAGAUUCAGCUGAAGGGAAACAUGAAUUUAUCUCCAGACAUUGUUUUAGCUUUGGGUGUCUCUGGGACUGGCCGGACUAUUUUGUCUCCAGAUAGACCGGUGUCAAUAGGGACAAAAAGGGGUUCAAGUACAAAGGUUCUUGCCUGUAAGAAAUUGGCUAAAAGGAGAGGAUCCAAAGAACUGUGCAGUCCAAAUAACUCAUUGGAUGUGACUAGGACUGUCCAGCAGAGAGGAAGCAAGGAAGUGGCAGAGCCAAUGGAAGAAUGUCCCUUAGCAUUUGAGUGUCUGAAUUCUGGUACGCAAGAGAAGCUUGAUAGAACUUUGGAGGAUGCACAGAACAUAACUGAAUUAUCGAAUCAGGACCUGUUCCCGUUGGUGCCUCCUGGCUUUAAAUCAAUGGAUAAUGGGAAAGGUACUAAUAUACAUGAUACUCAAUUUGAUGAAGAGCCAAUUGGUACGACCAACAGCUUUGUUGAACCAAAGGGAAAUGGUGACAUGUGCUCAGACCAUGCUGGUACCAAAUUAGCUGAAAGCGACCAUGUUAUGGAAACAGGCAUCGUAUCUCUUGAUUGUCCGGCUCAACAAUCCCGUGGAAAAGUUUUACAGAAUGAUGGGAGUUCACAGUGCGUUAUCGACAGCUCUCCAUUGAGGAGCUGCUCUGCUUUUGAGAGCUUGUUGCCUUCACCACAGCCUCUCUCUCAAGUAUCUAAUCACCAGGCUUUGUUCGUCAAGAACUUACCUAUGUGGCAUCUAGUUGAAGCAAUGCAUGUGUUUAAGGAGCUUCCUCAACAACCGCAUUUCCUUCCACUCCAAGAGCAUCCCGCAUUACUGCGUGAAGGAAUAGCAUUAGGUCUGACGUUGUCAUUCGCGGACUUAGUGAAGAUUACAUUGGAAGCAAGCAUAGACAACAGCAUGGAAUGGUUCGAGGACAAUCUCAGGACAAUCUCCUAUCUAGAGGCAAAUGGAUUUAGUGUGCAAUUUUUGCAGAGCGCCAUGACCGAAAUGGUCAAGAUAAAAUCUCAGCUCACCAGUUAUCAUGGAGAAAUGGGCAAGCUGGAUUCGAAGUUUGUGGAGAAGACUGCUUCAUCCUCCCGAGUUGGUGCACUGCUUGAUGAAAAAGAUAUAGCUGCAGCUGAGCUCGAGCAAGAACUUGGGCGCAUUCGCCAGGAAAGCCAGAAGAUUGCCAAGGAGAAGGAAAAAAUAGAUGCGGAGGUCGCUAGUCUCAAGACAGCGGUUAGCAGGUACGAGGAUCUGUGCAACGGUGCGGAAAGUAAGUUUAAAGACGUCUUGGCUGGGCUGCGGCUGAAGAGGCUAACCUGAUGCGCAAGCUUUGGAUAUAGUUUCAGUGCUUCUAACUUGACAUCUGUUUAUUUAUGCUGUUGGGCUGUAGUAGGGCUAUCUAUGCAUCACAGUGGGUUCAGAUCGAUGUGCUGUGGUUAUGUUGUGCAAGUCAUUCGGUACCUUUUUUAUGUAUCUGUAGGUAUCUAUGGCUUAGGGAGCCUGAUGAAGUUUCUGACUCUUAUAAUAGCUACUGCUAUAUUAAUUGCCAGCUAGUUGGACUGUACUUAUUAGCCUGUAACAUAUUUAGUUUGAAGGCAAUCUGUUUCCGUUCUUGUAAACUUUGAUUCCCCUGACUUUUGCCGUCAGAUGGUAGCGAUCCAACAUGAUAUAGUACCACUUU